CCUUGGUUCCUUCUUAUCUCAAGGUUACCAGUUCAGUUACCUUAAUUCCAUUGUCCUUUGCUUAGUCAGUCAAUGACUUCUCUGGAAAGACCCAUUUGGGAUGACGUCGAGGAAGAAGUGAUUGAGGAGGUGAUGCGAAUGUCAAACGAGGAGUUGGUUAAUCGCGGUCGACUCCUGGACGCAGAAAUCAGAUUCAUGAAAUCCGAGCUGCACCAUGUGGAUCACGAGAUCAAAGUUAAGCAAGCUAAAGUCAAGGAAAGUAAGAGCAAGAUAAAGAUGAACAAAGCAUUGCCAUAUCUAGUUGCAAACGUCGUUGAGCUGCUGGACGUGACUCCGCAAGAUUACGAAAAGGAAGACGGGGCCAACGUCGAUCUCGAUUCACAGCGGAAGGGAAAAUGUGCAGUAAUAAAGACCAGUACGCGACAGACCUAUUUUCUGCCCGUCAUCGGGCUAGUUCCUGCUGAAGACUUGAAACCCGGUGAUCUCGUGGGAGUAAACAAGGAUUCCUAUCUAAUAUUGGAAAAGCUGCCUCCGGAGUUUGAUUCGCGAGUGAAGGCCAUGGAGGUUGAUGAACGUCCCACGGAAAGAUACAGUGACAUUGGAGGUUUGGAUAAACAGAUUCAGGAGCUUAUUGAGGCAGUGGUCCUACCGAUGACACACAAAGAUCGUUUCGAGGCCAUAGGCAUCCAACCCCCAAAGGGCGUCUUACUCUACGGACCACCUGGGACAGGAAAAACUCUGUUGGCUCGCGCGUGUGCGGCACAAACAAAGUCCACUUUCCUUAAACUCGCGGGUCCGCAGUUAGUCCAGAUGUUCAUUGGCGAUGGGGCCAAACUUGUACGUGAUGCAUUUCAAUUGGCGAAGGAGAAGGAACCUUCAAUUUUGUUCAUCGAUGAGUUGGAUGCGAUUGGUACGAAACGAUUCGAUAGCGAACGCGCUGGUGAUCGUGAAGUUCAACGCACCAUGUUGGAAUUGUUAAACCAGUUGGACGGUUUUCAACCAAACCACAAUAUUAAAGUCAUUGCGGCCACCAAUCGCGUUGAUAUACUGGACCCAGCACUUCUCCGAAGCGGCCGACUGGAUCGUAAGAUUGAGUUUCCUGCACCAAACGAAGAGGCGCGAGCCCGGAUCAUGCAAAUCCACUCGAGAAAGAUGAAUGUCAAUAGCGACGUCAAUUUCGAAGAACUUGCACGUUGUACAGAUGAUUUCAAUGGAGCGCAGUGCAAGGCAGUCUGUGUCGAAGCAGGAAUGAUAGCUUUGCGGCGCAACGCCACCGAGAUAACUCAUGAAGACUAUAUGGACGCUAUUCUCGAAGUGCAGGCAAAAAAGAAGACCAAUCUGAAUUACUACGCCUGAUCGCAAUCGCAUCAAAUGAAUUACCGCUCAUACCACAUCGGCUCUUGUUGGCUGUGUCCCCUCAUCCAAGCUUUCCAACACCAAUUGACCCCAUCGUCACUGUGCUUUUCUUUGCUGUAUAGUCAGUGGAUUUAUCAAUAUAAACCUACAACCAGUGAGAAGGA